AUGGGUAUCCCGGGUCUGUGGCAGCACAAGCAGGGCGCCUCGAUUGCCACAACAUGCGCCCUCCACUUCAGCCCUGGAGCUUGUGGUGCUGGCGGCACUCCGCCCACGAGCUCGUCCCGGCAGUUCCAUCAACGCCGCCCGCCCGUUGAAGCCUCUGCAGAAUUGCGGGUUCUGGUGGGCUCGCCUUUGUCUCAGAGACGUCCCAAGGCUCCUUCCAACAUUCUCGGCCGCUUCGCAGUCGGGCAGGCCGGCCAUCCGUGCGUACAGGCACGUUUGAAACCACCAUCACAGACGUCAUGGCACUGCAGGUCACAAUUACUUCGUGUCCAAGCAACACAGAUUAAGGCCAUGCCGCAUUGUCAGGGUCUUCUUGCCUCGGAACUCUAG